UUUCGAGAAGAUCCAACUCCACCAAGAGACCAGAAAUCCCUAUUUAUAUCCCUACCUAUCUGUUUUUUGUUCGUGGAAGAAAAUUCCUGAAGCAUUAAGGCCACUCUGCAACUCCGACAACUAACAGAAAAAUGUCGUAUCUUCUUCCUCAUCUGCACUCAGGAUGGGCUGUGGAUCAGGCAAUUCUGUCAGAGGGGGAGCGUUUGGUUGUGGUCCGAUUCGGCCAUGACUGGGACGACACAUGCAUGCAGAUGGACGAAGUUCUUGCAAGCGUGGCAGAGUCUGUCAAGAAUUUUGCCGUCAUUUAAGAGGUCCCUGAUUUCAACACCAUGUAUAAGCUCUAUGAUCCCUGCACUGUCAUGUUCUUCUUCCGUAAUAAGCACAUUAUGAUCGAUUUGGGGACAGGUAAUAAUAACAAGAUCAAUUGGGCUCUUAAAGAUAAGCAGGAGUUUAUUGACAUAGUCGAGACUGUUUACAGAGGUGCCAGAAAAGGCCGUGGGCUUGUCAUAUCUCCAAAGGAUUAUUCUACUAAGUAUAGAUAUUAAAGUUCCCAUCUUUAGAUGUUUAUUAGGGUUUUUUUGUAGAGAUUUAUAAAUUAGGGUUUCUCAGUAUGGCCAUGGAUCGAUGUGGCUUGUGCCAAAUGGAGGAGAACAGAAUGUUCUCUGUAUAAAUUGUAUCAUUUUUAUGAUUCUGAACAUAAAAGAAAUCGAAGGUGUUUUGUAUAAUUCACUCGUAA